AUGGAUCGCAUAGAGCAGAACGACAACAUGAGACAAGUUCGGCGCAAACAAGUGCCUUCGUACGUGCAGCCGCUGGCUUACGACGAAGCAGUCCUUCUCUCAUCGGCCCAAAACCACGUCUUUAACUUGGAUCCCGAACGUGAAGCCAGGGGCCAGUCUCACGAACUACGGAACAUUAAGCCUGGUAGAGGCAGCCAGACACAAUUGACUUCUGCGACUACUACAAAGAGACAAAAAGAAGAACCCCAAGACGUCCCUCCCGGCGAGGAUGGUAUUUACUUCAAGGGUGGUGGCAGGAAAUUAACGUCGUUUGUUCUUCCAGUGGUGGAAAGUCUGUCGCAGUACAAGUGGAAUUGGUACAAAUCACCGAGGCCCCUGAAAGAUUUCGGGGCUUUCGACGAAGCAAGCCGUGGGCCAUGGGGCAGCUUAAAGCUGUUGCUUACAACGAAAGGAAGGCAAGUGAACAAUGUCAAACUUCCGGGGAACGAUAGUGCUCUCACCCAGAGAAACGAAGGGUACUUCUGGGUGACUGCUAACAGCAAUUCUAGAAGGGAUGUGAUGUUUCCAAUUAACCAGAUCAUUCCACGAAGUCUCAACACACCACCCGAAGAGGCAAUGCCUUAUCACCAAGCCAGCUGUCGAACUAACAAUUGCACAUGGCCACUGGUCACAUCCCUUGCUGUCUGCGUGGACAUGAAGAACGUCACUAAUCUUCUGGCAUCGACCGGAGGUCCAUAUGGACAACCGAUCAAUGCCACACUCCCCAACGGCUUGUUUAUUCAGCACACCAGUGGGUAUGCGACUAUGAACAUCUCUACUGGCCCAGGUCUGUCCUUUAACAACACCGACAUCAUGAAUGCCAAGCUCUUCCACUUCUUCGUACUGUACGGGCCCCGACUACGCGCCACCGAGAUUAUAAUGCACUGGUGCGUCAACACGUACCGUGUCAGCGUCCAGGAAAACAUCCCCGUCACGCAAAGAGUAGCGUCUCAUACAAUUCGCUCGUCCGGAGAGGUGUUCAUAAAGAACUACAACCAGACAAUGAACCAAACCUAUUUCACGUCCCCCGAUAGUCCCAACGACAAGUACUAUGUGGGCGGACACGGCCCCGAUCAAAUCGCCUCGGUGCUUGAAUCAACAUUAGUAGGGACCUCCAGUGAUUUCGGACAAUACCGAUAUGGGAACGGUUGUGAGAUUUACGUCACAGCACUUUCAAGAGCCCAAAUUGGGAUCAAUACUGCCAACGAAUCCCAGAAGCUUGACGACGCACAGUUCACGACACUGCGUAAUCUAACGGAAAACAUCGCCAGUGGCCUUACAAACGCGUGA